GUUGUUUUUAUUCCUGACUUACGUUUCUGUCUUGGUGAUAAGGGGGUGACACCAGAUACAUGUUUAUUUGAUGAAGGAGGUGAAUCAGACACACAGUUAUCAGACCCUGCACAUGUCUGAGCCAAUCAGAGUCCUUGUGACUGGAGCAGCUGGUCAAAUUGCAUAUUCACUGCUAUACAGUAUUGGAAGUGGAUCUGUCUUUGGUAAAGACCAGCCUAUAAUUCUUGUGUUGUUGGAUAUCACUCCCAUGAUGGGUGUCCUGGAUGGUGUUCUAAUGGAACUGCAAGACUGUGCCCUUCCCCUCCUAAAAGAUGUUAUUGCAACAGAUAAAGAAGAGAUUGCCUUCAAAGACCUGGAUGUGGCCAUUCUGGUGGGCUCCAUGCCAAGAAGGGAAGGCAUGGAGAGGAAAGAUUUACUGAAAGCAAAUGUGAAAAUCUUCAAAAUCCAGGGUGCACCUUUGGAGAAAUAUGCCAAAAAGUCAGUUAAGGUUAUUGUUGUGGGAAACCCAGCCAAUACCAACUGCCUGACUGCCUCCAAGUCAGCUCCAUCCAUCCCCAAGGAGAACUUCAGUUGCUUGACUCGUUUGGAUCAUAACCGAGCUAAAGCUCAAAUUGCUCUUAAACUUGGUGUUACUGCUGAUGAUGUAAAGAAUGUCAUUAUCUGGGGAAACCAUUCCUCAACUCAGUAUCCAGAUGUCAACCAUGCCAAGGUGACAUUGCAAGGAAAGGAAGUUGGUGUUUAUGAAGCUAUAAAGGAUGACAACUGGCUCAAGGGAGAAUUCAUCACGACUGUGCAGCAACGUGGUGCUGAUGUUAUCAAGGCUCGAAAACUAUCCAGUGCAAUGUCUGCAGCAAAAGCCAUCGCUGACCACGUUAGAAACAUCUGGUUUGGAACCCCAGAGGGAGAGUUUGUGUCCAUGGGCGUUAUCUCUGAUGGCAAUUCCUAUGGGAUUCCUGAUGAUCUGCUCUACUCAUUCCCUGUUACCAUCAAGAAUAAGACCUGAAAGUAUGUUGAAGGUCUCCCUAUUAAUGAUUUCUCACGCGAGAAAAUGGAUCUUACUGCGAAGGAACUGGCAGAAGAAAAAGAAACAGCUUUUGAAUUUCUUUCCUCUGCCUGACUAGACAAUCAUGUUGAAGUUACUAAAUGCCCCAAAGCUGAAGAAUCUAAAUGUCGUCUUUGACUGUAUUACCAAAUAAUAAUAAUGCUAUACUUAAAUCACUUGUGAAAAAAAACGUUUUAAGAUUAUGUGCUUCUUGGUACAGAUUUGUGAAUGACAGUUUAUCAUCAUGCCAUUAGUGCUGCAUUCUAAAUAAAUAUAUAUAUUCAAAUGAAAAAAAAAAAAAA